AGCAAACUAGGUUGCAAUCUUGUUAGUUAAAUAAAUGUAAAUUAAUAUUUGCUAGAGAAACUUCGAACUCAGUUUUUUGGUUUUUGAUGCAACAAUGUAUAAUGGUCAUCAAAAUCGCCGACAUCAGCCACCUAUUACUAAUGAAUAUGCAUCAAGACAAGUUAUAUAUCAAAAUGCGACUGACGUUUCGACUGCCAGUAGUGAUAUCUAUGCGAGUGCGGAUACUAUAAGAACUGGUUAUUCAACAGCGAUGUACAGUACGCCUCCAAAUACAAAAAUAAAAAAGCGAUUCCACAUCUUGUAUGUAACAGCAAUACUGGUAGUUUUAUCGAUCUCCAUUGCUGGCCUUGUCAUUUCAGUCCAGGCAAUGAACAACACAUUUGAUAACAGCAAUGCAAUAUCGUCUAUCCAAGAAGACGUGGACAUUAUCAAACACACAUUAGGUAUGGUAGAACCAACCGUGGAACCUGACACAUCAAGUGCGAGCACAUGAGUGGAGAUAACAACUUGGAAACACAAUGAGGAGACGAGUGAUGGUGUACGCCUGGCUGGGUCUACAAGGCCAGACAG